AUGCAGUCUGAAGCAUGGAAUGGAUACAGAAAGCCACCAUCAGAACAAAAGUACUCUGAGGAUGUCGGUCAUAUCCACCAAGGACUCAAUUUCGAGCCCACCAGGGAGGAGCUGGAUAGCUUAUCGAAAGCGUGUAGCCGACUUUGGGAGCUCGAUAUGAACCGUAUCGUUCCUGGUAAGGACUACAUAAUCGACUGUGGCGAGGGGAAGAAAGUUUAUCAGAAGGGUGAUAUGGCAUCCGAAAGCUUGUUCAGCUGGCUAGGCGACGAUGUGCUAAGAAAACCCACCUACUCACGUUUUUGCGCACUUCUGGAUAACUAUAACCCCCACCAGGAUAAGCACGAAGAAAUAGCUUUUGUUGAAGAGAUCGCCAGAACAUCGCCAAUUAAGUACUUGCACCGGUACUUAGUGCAGAAGGGGGUUGUGCCUCAGGACUAUGAGGACUUCAAGAAAAUGCUGACAUCCCUAUGGUUUGAUUUGUAUGGAAGAGGUGGCAACUCUAGCUGCUCUACUGCCUUUGAGCAUGUGUUUGUUGGUGAGAUCAAAGGACCGGGACAAGGGGAAAGUGAGGUAUCAGGCUUCCAUAACUGGAUUCAGUUUUACUUGGAAGAAGCCAAGGGAAAUGUGGAUUACCAAGGUUAUAUAUUUCCAAGGCGCCGUGGUGAAUCGCCUGAUUCAGAGAUACAGCUGCUGAUUGUUCAGUUUGAGUGGCAUGGCGUGCUGAAAUCAGUAUCCAACACGUUGAUUGGCGUCAGUCCUAAGUUCGAGGUUGCACUCUACACGUUGUGCUUUUUUGUUGGAGGGGAAGAUAACCGCGUCGAUAUUGGCCCAUACAGUGUGAACGUCAAGUGCUACCGAUUAGGGAAUAACAAAAUUGGAUCAACCUUUCCCAUUGCAGAGAACUGAUUAUCUGGUGCUAUGCUUCUACAGUUUUCCAAAUCUUCAAUUUCUUCGUUUUAUAAUCAAUUACGUGAAGUUAACACUGUACUGUUCAUGGUCAGCUGGUUACUUGUGCAAGAAAAUGUAACAUACUAUUCAAUUUGUUGCUGCCAUCUCCAAUCGUAUUGCUACUUGCACUACUAAAAAGUUGAUGACCGAGACUUUCAUGUGUGAACGUGUUUAUGUUUGGGUUAUGCUGAUCUUACUAUGUUUCACAUUUACCAGAAGAUACAGUUAGUGAUCGCUUAAUGAUUUUUCCUGGUCUCACACUUCAGACUUGUUUUGGCCAGCUUGUUUGUUACAUCCACAAAUAGCUGCAUGUCAGGUUACUUUAAAGUUUAAACCUUAUAAGUAUGAGUAUUGGAUGAAAGAACC